AUGUCGGAGGAUGAGGGGCUCUCGAUGCUUGACGAAGCUGAGGAUGCGGUGGAUAUCGAGAGCAGUGAGCCAGGUCCUCUUCGACGAGAGCAGGUCAUCAAGCGGCUGAGUGUCCUGGGACGCAAUCCAUUCACACAGGCGCAUAUUUACACUACAGCAACACUCACGGGUUUGCACCUCUCAGACAUCGUCACUAUUCGUGAGUUUCCGCACAUUCAGCACUUGGUGUGCAGACAAAACGAGCUUCAAUCGUUGUCUCCUCUGCAGCAUAUUCCAUUACUAUUGACACUGGAUGCUGCCGAGAACCAUCUCACUGAGGUACUAAACUUUAAGGUACCAAAGUGCUGUCCCGGUAACGCCUGGGUAGAUGGAGCUCGCUGGAUUGGCUCACUAUUGCGCAAGGCCACGCUCGACAAAAACCAGAUCGUCUCCAUGCCUCGACAUGAGCUCGCGCAGACGCACCCGUUCCUACUGGAACUGCGACUUGCACAUAACGCCAUCGACGAGAUCUCGGGUGUCCGCCAGCUGCGAUUCUUACGCCUACUAGAUCUUUCACACAACCGCUUGACGUCCAUGCGAGGCUUGGUAGGAGCUGAGGACUCGAGAGGACUCCAGGCCCUAGAAACGCUUCUACUGGGCCAUAAUCAGCUCACGGCUAUUGAUUCCGGGGUGACACUUCUCUCACGGUUGACGCACUUGGACGUAGCUCACAAUCAGCUCAAGACACUGUCGAGUCUCGGGGAUUGUGCGCGGUUACAGCGACUAGAUCUCGCACACAAUAACGUUGCUGAUAUCAACGAGAUUAACUGCUUGGCAAGGCAGCGUUACCUGGGGGAAAUCUCGCUUUACGGCAACCCGUUAGUGGACGCUCAAGUCUCGCGUGUGUUUUAUCGAGCUCGAGUGCUCCGAAGGCUGCAGCAGCUCGAGAAGCUGGACGACGAACAAGUGACUUCCAAGGAGAAAGUCAAGGCGCUUGUUAUGCACGGGAGCGACCUCGAAGCCAGACGACAAAUGGCAGCCAAGUAUCUUCCCGAACAAGAGUUCACCGAUUUCCUGCCCCCGCUCAGCUUCGAGGACGACGAGCAGCUCGAGCUUCCACUCCGCCACACGCCGUCGCAGGCCGUUAUAAUGCCUGAGGAUACGCACAACCAGACCAGUGAACAUUAACACAAGACAUCGAGGUGUCUUCGUUUUCCACUCGUAGUUCGUGCUUGCCAGCGAACAAAAAUAAUUAAG